GGGAGUUUAAGAGAAUAUUGUGAACUUUCAUGCUUGACAAGAGACUUAUACUCUGAGCUUGGAAGGGAAAAACCCCAGCAUCCAAGCAAUGUGUUCAUGGUCUUAUCCUCCAUGUUAUAAUAGUUUGUUCUUUCACAGACACAUCUGAGAGGAUGGUGAAGCCAACGCCCACAAAGUUUUCAGCGUCCAGAAAGCGUAGAGCAAAAGCAAAUGAAACUGGUGGUCUGUAUACAGCACAGUCAUAGGGGAAAAGGAAUGCGCGGGAAAGGGAAGUUGAUGGGGAGACGGGCAGGGAGUGGAGCCAGUCAUGUUGUGCCAGAGAGGAGUGCCGAGAAAAGCCCACACAGCUCUUUGGGUGCCAGAGGUCCACUAAGCCCCAUAGAAACCCCAGGGGUGAGCCUGCUCUUUGCUGCUGGCUGCUGUGUUCCUUUAGUGUGUGCAGUCAGGAAUGGCUGUACAAAUAGGCAGAAUGAGGCAGUUGCCUCAGGUAGCAGGUCUGGGGUGGGUAGAGAUGUGCAGACCACACACAAGCUGCACGCCACCUCCUCAGUUAGUCUGCUGCCUUAUUAGCCACAUUGAGAUAAGAGCCAAUGGCCAGCCCAGCCCAGCUUGUGUAUGUGGAAUUAUGUGUUUGGAGGGAGCAUCUUGUCAUUUGCCUGGGGGGCAGAAAGUAGUAUCAAAGGCUCCUGUCUUCUGAUCCAGACAUUGGUCAGAAAAGUUUCCUCAAGCAGCAAGGCAUCUCUCCUUGCUCCCUCCACCUGCUUUUAUCCUCCCAAGUGCCCACCCCCUGAACAGUUGAGUGUCUCUGGCUGAUUGAUUCCACAGCACAUGGAAACCCUUUUUCCUGGAGUGGCAAUGGUAUGUUGGCUAUUGAUGGCUAAAGCAGGAUUUUCUUUCUUCAAGCAUCUGCUAUUCGGGACUUGGUUACUUUCUUCCAAUCUCCAACGGGUGAAAGAUUGAUCAUAGUUGAGAUUUUCAUCCUUAUUGCCAUGACGCUGCUGAUUUACAUGCUAUAUAAGAAGGAAGUGGAAAAAAGAGCAGAGUUCCAAGUGGCAAUGAACAUGAUUCGAACCUUUGUGGUUGGGAUUGAUUCAAACUAUAUGGACAAGGAUGACUUCCAAAUACUCGCUGCAGCUCAAAACAUAUCAGAGGAAAUGCGGUAUUUUGCCAACAGAAAUGAUCAACUGCAAAAGGAAAUUGACAUCCUUACUAGGAACUUGGACGAUGGUUGGAUUGUAUAUUCAAGGACAUUCUAUUUCUUUUCUCUUGAGCUACGCUCAUGGAUGGAUUCCAAAAAAUACUGUGAGCAGGAGGGCGCCAGGCUCAUUUCUGUGGAAACAAGGGAAGAACAGUUCUUUAUAAACCAGCAAGUAAAAGGCCGUAAAAUGCUUUUUUGGAUUGGACUCUUUAAAGACAAGGGAGGGAGAUGGAGAUGGACCCCAGGAAUGAGCCCUGAAACCACGUACUGGAAUUACUAUGAGCCUAAUUAUGAAGCGCUCCACGACUGUGGUGGAAUGACCUUUGAUUGCUACUACGAAGGAUGCUGGAUGGCAUUUAAAUGUGCUCAACGCAUACAGUAUAUUUGUAAGAAGGUGCCUGAUGAUGCCUGGCUCUAAGAAGACACUUUAAGAUGAAUGAAACUGUAUCCCAUGAUUUCUACACAAAACCACCACCCCACCCUACUGUUUUAAUGCACAAUCCACACUCUGCCAUCUAGGUUGCGGGACUCUUUGGCGUCAGCCCCCUUGAAAAGACCUUGAAAAGAUCUUUUUCUGCAAGCUCAGAUCUUGAUGGCUACAAAAAUAGAGAAUGGAAGGGUCCAAUCAUAGCCUGUUUUCUGUUUUCUGACAGCAAUGAGAAUGGGGGCCACCCAGUGCCUGGUGUCCCCUUCUAGCAGGCUAAUCACAAAUACAACUUUGGCUUUCUCAUUGGGAAAUUCCGGCACCCUUACUCUCAUAUAGAGCUAACACUGGCAACAAACACAUUGAACUGUUCUCGAUUUCUUCAGAGCUUGGCAGGGGGCAAGACUGGGGUCCACACCAGUGUGGGCACAGCAUGGCAGCAUGUGGUGCUGCUUCCAUGCCAUUCAUGGUGACAGGGGUGCCAACUUGAACAAAAUAUUGAGGGUGGAGCAGGUAAGCUCCCCCCUGCAUAAUUGAUCACAGGGUGAUCAGAGGGUCAAGGGACCUCUGCCCCCUAGGAGUUGGCUCCUAUGCACAGUUGCUGUCAACUGAGAAAACUAACCUAUGAGAUUCUGCUGUUCUGAAUCACACCUUUUCAAGGUGUGAGUAGCUAGGUCUAUGCUGAGGACUAGCACCCCAGGAGCCUAGCCGGGGACCUCUCCUGCCACGUCUUGCAUGAUUGAUAGCUGGAAGAAAGAUGGUAGCUUGCGGCAAGACAGAAAAUGGCGGGCAGGUCGCAUAUUGAGAACAGCACAAGUGUGUGUGCUGCAGUCUAAGCUUCAUGGGAGGAAGGAGAAAGGCCAAGUG